ACAAUUUCUGUAUAUGUUAAAUUGUUCGGUCAUGAUCUCAUGGUGUAAAUUGCUAAAUAACAAUUUAGAAAGUCAGACCAAUGAAGGAUUUCUUUUCUUUGCGCGGAAGAGCUUCCGUCAACUCGUCACUCGCUUAUAAACAUCCGUUUGGCGACAUGUGUACUUUGUAGUUCUGCAUGUGGCAGCGUUACUAGCAAUAAUGUGGCUGAGUCAGUGGUUGUUUGCGAUUUUCAUUUCUUUACAUCACGUCACAUCAGCGCAGUGGAGUGAUAAUGUAGCUGACAGAUGCUUUUGCAAGUUGCAAGGAGAAGUUGAUGACUGUUCAUGUAAGGUAGAGAGCUUGGACUCUUUGAACAACAAUAAAAUUUACCCAAGGCUUCAAAGCCUGUUGAGCAAGAAUUAUUUCAGAUAUUUCAAGGUUAAUCUCCAAAAGCCUUGUCCAUUUUGGAGUGAUGACAGUCAGUGUGCCCUCAAGGACUGCCAUGUAGAUGUUUGCACACAGGAUGAGCUUCCAGAUGAUGUAAAAGAGACUAAACAUGAAAGGGAAAACAAGUAUUCAAAAUCAGCACAGAUUGAACACACCUGUGAAGAAGAACGAGAACUUAGUGCCCUUGACACAACCUUAAGUGAUGAGAGCAAACAGGCUUUUGCUAACUGGAAGGAUUAUGAUGACUCAUUGGAUAUGUUUUGUGAAGUAGACGAUGAGGACUCUGCACAGAUGCAGCAUGUUGAUUUACUUCUGAACCCAGAGCGCUAUACUGGCUACAAAGGUGCCUCUCCUCACCGCAUUUGGCGAUCUGUAUAUGAGGAGAAUUGCUUCAAACCAAGUGAAACCUGGACUUAUGGUCAAGAGAAGGAAAGUUUGUCCAAUGACUGUAAGAGAGGCAUGUGUCUUGAAAAACGAGCCUUCUACCGUAUGGUCUCUGGGCUGCAUACAAGCAUCAAUAUUCACUUGUCUGAUCGAUAUCUACUAAGAAGUGAUGAUGCCUUUGGCUCUCAGAAAUGGGGACCUAAUGUUCAAGAAUUCAGGAGUAGGUUCGACCCGGAAACAACAGAUGGCCAAGGACCGCAGCGGUUAAAGAACUUGUACUUCACUUAUCUGGUGGAGCUGAGAGCUUUGGCCAAAGCUGCACCUUAUUUGCUGAAGGAAAGAUUUUACACAGGAGAUGGCCAGGCAGAUAAAGAGAUGAGAGACGCUGUACAGAAUUUGCUACAAAUCAUCCAAGAUUUUCCAGAUCACUUUGAUGAAAGUAAACUGUUCCAAGGCAACUCCAUGGAAAGCAAAAAGCUGAAGAUGGAGUUCCGUGAUCAUUUUCGUAACAUUUCUCGCAUCAUGGACUGCGUGGGGUGUGACAAGUGCAGACUGUGGGGCAAGCUUCAAGUUCUUGGCAUGGGCACAGCCCUGAAGAUUUUGUUUUCUGGCAAUGCGAUGGGUCCAGACUCAACAGUCAAUGCUAAUUUUAAGGCAGAUUUCCAGCUGACACGUACAGAGAUUGUUGCACUCUUUAAUGCUUUUGGGAGGUUGUCCAGCAGUAUUCGUGCCCUGGAAAAUUUUCGUUCUCUGAUGAGGUAAUGGCAAGAGAGUCAGCUUCUAUAUGACGUGUACCUAUUAUCAUGCAGACCAUUCUGGGAAAACAGCAAGCCUACAGAACAUUCUUAACAAUACUACGCUGCAUGCAUGCUUCUUCUUCUAUUGAACAACAUCAUCUGCCACUGCAGAUGCUGAAGACUCUGUUUUUCUGCAGUCAUUAUUGUGCAGUUAUUGGGGUUUGCGGUUUGCUUUUAUUUUUCUUGGACAAAUAUGAGCUUCAACAUGCUUUUGGUCAAACUACAAUCAUCUUUGCCAAAUAGAUUAAUUGAAAACUGUAUUCUUUCCGAUUAUUUUGAAAGCUAGCUUUCAUUAAGUUUUUUAUGUGAUCUGGACAACUUUAAUGUUGCCAGAUGAUAGGUCUGUCCUUUUAGCAACAGCUUCUUUAUCGAUUUUUGAUACCACCCAACCUUUGACAGAUGUUUCAUGAGGGGUAUUCAUUUGUGGCUGUUAUUCUUAAGUACCAGAGAACUUGAAGACUACAUGGAUUUAUAUGGACGUGCGUUCAAAAAUGUAGUAGGAAGAGAGCGAGAGAGAGCAAGUACAGUUCUGAUAUAUGUUCUUAUGUGAGUGUACACACAGUGUGUGUGUAUUUCUGUAGAUGUUCAUAUGCAUGUUUGUGUAUGCAUGUGAGUUGUUUAAUGGUUUAUUGAAGCCUUUAAUGCAAAAAGCCUUGUGAGUGAAUUGUCUGUGAUAUGUGUGAGAGAUAUAGCACAUGUAGCUCUAGAAGGUGCACAACUGAAACUCCUUGUCCCAGUCAACUCUUCUAUAACACUUGCAGAACAUGCCAGUUAAAGUGCUGAGAUUAAUUUUUAAUUUGCACAUGUAAUAACUAUCUGUAGAGCUGACAGGGUCUCACAGAUUAUUAAAACAAAUGUGUAUUUGUAAAGAUACAGUAAUUGCAUGUGGUGUGAAAAUGUAUAUUUUCUUACAGAAUUAUUGAGACAUUUAGGUAAAAUAAUUUUAUUUAUAAAGUGUGCAGAACCUCUGUUCUUGGUGCAUGUGUAAACAUGGAACAAUUCAACAAGCACAUAAAGCAUAUAUGAUGAGAAGUUGGUCUUUCAUGGGGAAGGGAGGGAUUUUUUUUUUAUUAUUAUUAUUUUUAUUGAUUGUGCUUUGUAACACCAUUUCUAACAGACUUUGCAGUUUUUGAUGGACUUUAUGUUGGUUCAGGGUUGGAAAAGUAGAUAUUGUCAAGUAUUUUAUUUGUGAUCCAAAAAUACAUUGAGAAGAAAUAUUGCAUUUUUGCAGAUUAUAAUUUCCUUGUUUUUUACAGAUAAAAGUUAGUAGUUUUAAUAAAAAUGGUGUGGCUUAAAACUGAUAAUUUACACUUUUCAUAUGUAAAUGUGGAAACAAGACGUUGGAUACCAGUUACAUCUUGUGCCUGUAUUGGUGCUUUAUAUUUUAACCCUUUCUGUGACCAGAAUUCACCCUGUGCUGAUUGAGCAUAGUUCUUGAUCUGUUGUCAGUGCCUACAAGAUAAUAUAAUGCUUGUUAAUAGUUGAUGAGUAGUUUAUGUACUGGUCCAGCAUGCAGGGUGGUGGUCACCUCGGGUUGUUUGACAGGACAGUCUAACCCUCCCUCUCCCCCCAAACUCAUCUUGCCAUGACUGACUUUAUCUGUCACUUCUUUUACUUGUCUUUAUCUGUCACCUCUUGUACUAUUAUUGAGGUUGACUGUUUAAGCCAGGGAUGCCCAACCUACGGCCCGCGGGCCAUAUCCGGCCCGCAAAGCUUCUGCCCACAGUGCAGGAAAUCGGCAUGUUAGUAAUAAAAAAAAACCUGUAAAAAAAAAAAAA